AUGGCUGGUGUCACUGAGGUUGCUGCUCUAGGUCGACCUUUCACCCUAGGAAUGCUCUAUGAUGCUCGGAAAGAUCAACUGAUCCCAGGUUUGACAUUGUGGGAUGAUGAAACUCUAAAAAAGAAUACAGUUGAAACCUGUCAGCAAAGCAGUGACUUUAAAAUGUCCACAUCUGACUCCAUUGAAUCCAAGGCCUCUCUGCUGGAUGUUGAUUCUUCUCUGAAGGCCAGUUUCCUGAGUGGACUGAUUACAGUUGGAGGAUCUGCCAAGUAUCUCAAUGAUACGAAGAAAUUCAAGAAUCAGAGCAGAGUGACGUGUCAGUACAAAGCUACCACACGCUUCAAGCAGUUGACAGUGAUCGACCAUUUAACCAUGAGUACCCAACAGACAGAUGGUAUUAAGAAGGGCUCUGCAACACAUGUAGUCACAGGCAUCCUUUAUGGAGCAAACGCUGUCUUUGUGUUUGACAGUGAGAAGUUACAUGACGAAAGUGUUCAAAACUUCAAGGGCAAAAUGAAAACUGUGAUAAAUAAGAUCCCCAAAUUUAAUGUUGACGGGAAAGUUGACAUCAAGCUGAAUGAUGAAGAAAAAGCUCUGACUGAGAAAUUCUCCUGCAAAUUCUACGGAGACUUCAUUCUUGAAAGCAACCCUGCAACAUUUGAAGAGGCAGUGAAGACCUACAUACAACUUCCAAAGCUGCUGGAAAAGAAGGGAGAGAACAGUGUUCCACUGAAGGUCUGGCUGAUGCCACUGAAGAAGUUAGCCCCCAAAGCUCCUGUGCUGGUGAGAGAGAUCAGUGUUGGACUUGUAAGAAAGGCUGAAAAUGCUCUGGAGGACCUGAAUCAGCUGGAAAAAAGAUGCAACGGUUUGCUGGAGGACAAAGUAGUGCGAGAUUUUCCACAAAUUCAUGAAAAGUUCAGAAGUUUCCAAAAAUGGUGUGGUCAUUAUGCAUUUGAUCUCAGACAGACCAUGGAGAAGAAAAUUCCCUCCAUCCGUAAUGGCAAAGAAGAUGAGAGGAAAUUAGAAAAAGUCUUUAAAGACAGAGACAAUUCACCGUUCAGCCAUGCGAAACUAACCAGGUGGAUGGACUUUAAAGAGAGCGAAAUCAACAUCAUCAGGUCCUGUGUAGAGAAGAUGGAGGGAACAAAGUUCGUCCCAAAUCAGUCAGAGCUGGACCGAGAGGUUCUUGGUGUAGAGGAGGCUCUGUGUUUUGUUUUGACCUCCCUGCAGAGUGCUGACCCCUGCCUUGAUGCGAUGACCAAAUACUUAAAGUCAUCUAAAUUAGAAUCUACCAAUGAAGAGUCGUGGUUCUACUCAGAUGAAGUUAUCACCAACAUGAGAGAAAAAGCCAAAUAUUUCCAGGAUCUUACUAAACCACUGAAGAACAACAGCCGAUUCUGUUUCCUCAUCGCAGCAAUUGAAAAUAAGAAAUACACAGGAGCAACCAUCUACCAUUACAGGAAGGGCAAACUAGUCUCUGAGGGUUUUUCAAAGCCCCCCCUCCCUCCUGUGGAGAAAAUCACUGGCAGAAGAGAUUUGCUCUGGUGUUUGACAUUGUGGGAUGAUGAAACUCUAAAAAAGAAUACAGUUGAAACCUGUCAGCAAAGCAGUGACUUUAAAAUGUCCACAUCUGACUCCAUUGAAUCCAAGGCCUCUCUGCUGGAUGUUGAUUCUUCUCUGAAGGCCAGUUUCCUGAGUGGACUGAUUACAGUUGGAGGAUCUGCCAAGUAUCUCAAUGAUACGAAGAAAUUCAAGAAUCAGAGCAGAGUGACGUGUCAGUACAAAGCUACCACACGCUUCAAGCAGUUGACAGUGAUCGACCAUUUAACCAUGAGUACCCAACAGACAGAUGGUAUUAAGAAGGGCUCUGCAACACAUGUAGUCACAGGCAUCCUUUAUGGAGCAAACGCUGUCUUUGUGUUUGACAGUGAGAAGUUACAUGACGAAAGUGUUCAAAACUUCAAGGGCAAAAUGAAAACUGUGAUAAAUAAGAUCCCCAAAUUUAAUGUUGACGGGAAAGUUGACAUCAAGCUGAAUGAUGAAGAAAAAGCUCUGACUGAGAAAUUCUCCUGCAAAUUCUACGGAGACUUCAUUCUUGAAAGCAACCCUGCAACAUUUGAAGAGGCAGUGAAGACCUACAUACAACUUCCAAAGCUGCUGGAAAAGAAGGGAGAGAACAGUGUUCCACUGAAGGUCUGGCUGAUGCCACUGAAGAAGUUAGCCCCCAAAGCUCCUGUGCUGGUGAGAGAGAUCAGUGUUGGACUUGUAAGAAAGGCUGAAAAUGCUCUGGAGGACCUGAAUCAGCUGGAAAAAAGAUGCAACGGUUUGCUGGAGGACAAAGUAGUGCGAGAUUUUCCACAAAUUCAUGAAAAGUUCAGAAGUUUCCAAAAAUGGUGUGGUCAUUAUGCAUUUGAUCUCAGACAGACCAUGGAGAAGAAAAUUCCCUCCAUCCGUAAUGGCAAAGAAGAUGAGAGGAAAUUAGAAAAAGUCUUUAAAGACAGAGACAAUUCACCGUUCAGCCAUGCGAAACUAACCAGGUGGAUGGACUUUAAAGAGAGCGAAAUCAACAUCAUCAGGUCCUGUGUAGAGAAGAUGGAGGGAACAAAGUUCGUCCCAAAUCAGUCAGAGCUGGACCGAGAGGUUCUUGGUGUAGAGGAGGCUCUGUGUUUUGUUUUGACCUCCCUGCAGAGUGCUGACCCCUGCCUUGAUGCGAUGACCAAAUACUUAAAGUCAUCUAAAUUAGAAUCUACCAAUGAAGAGUCGUGGUUCUACUCAGAUGAAGUUAUCACCAACAUGAGAGAAAAAGCCAAAUAUUUCCAGGAUCUUACUAAACCACUGAAGAACAACAGCCGAUUCUGUUUCCUCAUCGCAGCAAUUGAAAAUAAGAAAUACACAGGAGCAACCAUCUACCAUUACAGGAAGGGCAAACUAGUCUCUGAGGGUUUUUCAAAGCCCCCCCUCCCUCCUGUGGAGAAAAUCACUGGCAGAAGAGAUUUGCUCUGGU